AUGGUCAGUAGUUUUGGCAGUCCCUGCUUUGCGACCGUGCUGCGGCCGUUUGCCUGCUUAGCGCGGCAGUCGGCUAAAUACCCGAUUCACGUUAUAGUUGCUACGCUGCUGCUCUCAUCUGUGGCGUACCUCUCCUCUGUGCAGUCAUAUUUGAAGGAUUGGAAGACGCAUUUGGAGACAGAUUCAGUGCCCUUCAAAUGGGGGGACGAGAACCUUUUCAACGAAUGUACACACUACUACAAAAGUUCGAACGAGGACGACUGGCACCUCGUCGCCUCAUCAGAUACUCAGUUUCUGUUCCCUUAUCACGAAUACUUCCUUUAUCCACUUAACUUCCAGAAUUACGGGCUGGACGCGGCACUACCUGAACUCCCCAAUGAAGUGUACAGGUCCGGUAAUAUUGCAUAUAGCUUGUUAGAAAGCUUUGAACUGCCUGGUAUUCUGACCUCAGACGACGGCACCCAAUGGAAGUCGCUAGCAAGUAAAGACACACUGUUGAAGUUCGAACACCAGUUCCUGAAAACUGUCGAAGACAUCAUGGAGACAAACCAUCUCGAAUUCACAGACCUUUUGAUUGUGUCCACAACGCUGAUAACGCUACUUUACACACUUUUCAACCUUUUCAAACAGAUGCAGAAGAUUGGUUCAAAAUUAUGGCUAGGGCUUUCAACCCUCAUCAAUUCGCUGUGUGCCUUUUUCUUGGCACUGUAUACCGUUCAAUGUGUCAUCCAGACCCAGGUACCAGUAGUCACUCUCAUCCAAGGUAUUCCCUUUUUGAUUAUUAUAAUAGGGUUCAAAAAUAAGAUUAACAUGGCAUCUUACACAAUGAAAAGAUUCGGGAUCAUCAAUAUAUCCACAAAGAUUACAUCAGACAAAAUCAUAUCCGACGCUGUUGCCAACGAAUGUAUACCACUUGUAAGAGAGUAUGCGAUUGCCAUCGUCACUUUUCUGGGUUGCAUUCUGUGCUUGAAUUCCAUGAACAGAUUAGUGGACUUUUGUUUUCUUGCAAUCUUCGUGCUCCUCUACGAUUUUUUAUUGACAGUUACUUUCUACGCAGCCAUACUGUCUUUGAAGAUGGAAAUAAAUACCGUCCAUAGAUCCGCGAUUAUCAAGCAAACAUUGGAAGAAGAUAGCACACCUCUAGCAGCAUCGGUCACUUUAGUUGAACCAAAAAAAAGAAAUAAGACCUCAAUAUUGACAUCAAACAGUACCAUUAUCUUUGCCAAGUCUUUGAUCAUAUUUUUUUUGCUCUUCAUCAACCUUUACAAUGUUAAUAUGCGGUGGGUUCUCAGUACAGCGCGUGCUGUCUAUUCCAGUUUCACGAUGGAGGAACUUCCCUCCUUUAUUUCAGUGAAGAAUAAUCCCAUGUUCGCCCACAGCGUUUUGAUCUCAAUUGCACCUACACAAUACUACGAGCCGACUCAAGGGCAUAACAUGUCCGAAAACAUCACAUGGCUACUACUAAAAAAACUUGCAUCCGCCAUUGCCGACAGAUUUAUCAGCAAAGUCCUAUUUGUUAUCCUAAUAUUAAGUCUUUCAACGAACGUCUACCUACUUAACGCUGCUAAGGUCCAUACAGAAUACACAGUGAACGCCUUUCACAAAAGUCUUCUAUCUGAGGAAAUUUCCAAGCAAACACCAAAGGCUGUAUCGCGUGAAUCUGCUCUAUCUACAGUGAAAAGAGUGCUUUCUCCACGCCCGGUCACAGUAACUCCACCGUCUUUCUCCCUUGUGAUGAGUGAUGAAGAGGAUUCCAGUGAGAAUAGUGAUUCAAGCAGUACAUUAUCCGACACGUCUCUGACAAGUGUCGAGGCAGUCAUGAAAGCGGGUAAGCUCUCGCUGCUGAGAAAUAAUGAUAUUACGGGACUUGUAAUGGCUAAUAAGCUGCCCUUAUACGCCCUCGAAAAGGAGUUAGGUAACAAAUUAAGGGCUGUCGAGAUUCGGAGGAAGGCUAUUUCGAUCUUAGCGAGGUCGCCUGUUUUGAAUUCGAACCGUGUACCUUUCAAAAACUACGAUUAUGAUCGUGUCUUUGGUAGGUGUUGUGAAAACGUUAUUGGUUACAUUCCCAUACCUCUUGGCAUAAUUGGACCGCUCGUAAUUGAUGGUACACCUUUUCACAUCCCGAUGGCAACUACCGAGGGAUGUUUGGUCGCAUCUGCAAUGCGCGGAUGUAAAGCCAUCAACGCAGGUGGCGGGGCUGUUACAGUUUUGACCAGAGACGGCAUGACAAGAGGGCCCUGUGUCAGGUUUCCAUCGUUGAAGAGAUCUGGUGCUUGCAAGCUGUGGCUAGAUACGACAGAGGGUCAGGACUGUAUCAAAAAUGCAUUCAACUCAACUUCAAGAUUUGCAAGAUUACGGCAUAUUAAAACAGCACUAGCCGGCGAUCUAUUAUUUAUCAGAUUUAGCACUACGACAGGGGAUGCGAUGGGUAUGAAUAUGAUCUCCAAAGGUGUCGAACAUUGUUUAAACCAAAUGAUUGAAAAUUUUGGAUGGGAAGACAUGGAAAUAGUUUCCGUUUCUGGUAACUAUUGUACUGACAAGAAGGCCGCUGCCAUCAAUUGGAUUGAGGGGCGUGGUAAGAGUGUCGUUGCGGAAGCAGUCAUCCCUGGUGAAGUUGUCAAGAGUCUUUUGAAGAGUGAUGUUGAGGCCCUGGUGGACUUAAAUAUCACAAAAAACCUUGUUGGGUCCGCCAUGGCUGGGUCAGUGGGCGGCUUCAACGCCCAUGCAGCUAACAUUGUGACUGCGCUAUUUAUUGCUUCAGGGCAAGACCCUGCCCAGAAUGUCGAAAGUUCAAAUUGUAUCACUUUGAUGAGCGAGGAGAAUGGGAAUCUGAAAAUCUCGGUUACAAUGCCCUCAAUUGAGGUGGGGACUAUUGGAGGCGGUACUGUCUUAGAACCCCAAGCUGCUAUGCUUGAUCUUUUAGGGGUUCGCGGUCCACAUCCGACUCAUCCUGGGGAAAAUUCACAACAACUAGCCAAAAUUGUUGCAUGUGCGGUCAUGGCAGGUGAACUGUCUCUUUGCGCUGCAUUAGCAGCUGGUCAGUUAGUGCAGAGCCAUAUGACUCAUAAUCGGGCAACGUCCGUCAAACCACCAGAAAAUGGCAAAAAAUCGUCUUGA